GUCAAGGAAACGAGAGGACCACAGUACCUGCCACGACGGCUUGCCCUGUUCUGCAGUCGCCGCUGCCCUUCUGCCGCUGCAGUGGAAGCGCCUCCCUUCGACCUGUCGUUUGCUCCUGCCUCAGUCUGCCCCAGCCCAGGCAGGCACCGACAUCAUGACAAAAGAAACGCAAUAUAACUCCUUCCACUGCCAGUCUCUUCGUCUCCUCAUCUUUCUCAACACACCUCACUUCUGAGACACAUUCAGUCUGCCUUCCUCGCUCCACUCCUGAUACCCAACCCCAGCCCAAUUCCAGUCAUCGAAUCCAGCAUGGCUAUAACUGGUCAACGCCCCGAGGCCGAUAACGCCCAAAACGUUCUUCACGAUGUCAUCGAGAAGCUCAAGAUGGAUCCCACGUCCAUCACUCCUGACGAUGCUCGACGUCUCCACGAACACUUCACUGCCAUAGACCCGAGCACAGCCAGGAUCAUCGCAGCUGUCGAAGCCAACCCCGCUAGCCACGACGACAUUGCUGCUGCCACCGGAACCACUGAGGCUCUGAGCAAGGCUGUCCACACGUCUCUCCACACCAUCGUUCAAGACCUGGUCUCGGCCGUGGACAAGAACCCGAACGAUGUCACUGACGAAAUUCUGCGUUUGACCCAGGUCGCCUUGAGUAGGAUGCGUUCUGCCCUCGGCAUUGCCAACGCCCCUCAUCCUGAACUCGAGCCUGAACUACACGAGGAAAUGGCAAAGAUUGCCCCCAAGGUCAAGCAAGGCACCGUCACCAAGGCAGAGGCAGAUCACCUUCACUCGCUCGAAGCCCGCGCCCAUGGACACACGGAGAAGGGUGGCUUGACCGCCGCUGCCCAAUCCAUCGCUGCGAAGCGUGACCGCAGGCAGUCCAUCAGUAGUGGAUCCAAUGAUCAGGCUGCUUCCGACAUUCGCGGCCUGGAUGCCCAGGAGCAAUCCCACCGUGACCGCCAGGAGAAUUUGGACAAGGUGGAGGCUGUGCUCCGUCCCAAGAUUGAGAACGAGCCGGAGCAUGUCACCAAGGAGGAUGCAGCUGUGCUGGUGAGCCGCGAGCAGCGCGCACACAACGUUGUCCACAAAGGUAGUCUCGCUGCACAGGCUCAGUCACUGGCCGACCGAAACGAGAACCUCCAUCCUGCUAAGGCCGAGAUCUGCGGCAAGGGCGUCGACAAGAUCACCAAGGCCGACGCCGCAAUGCCUCAGAGUCGCGAGACACGUGCUCCUGGGACUCACGAGGAGGGCUGCCAUGCUUCUCCAAUCCAAUCCAUAGCCGAUAAGAAGGAGGGCCACGGCGCCGUUCCAGCCCAGUAAAUGGGCCACUGCAUGACGAGGAUGGGGGAUCGGUAUCAGUGGUUGCACUGGCGAUGGAAUGAUGCAGAAGCUAUGUCC